AUGGAAGACCAGGUGCUGCGGCUGGCCGACAAGGUCUGGGACAAGUACCAGGCCCUGCCCGACGGGCAGCGACUGCUCAUUGGCAUCGCCGGCAUCCCGGGCUCAGGCAAGACGACGCUCGCGCAAAUCAUAUCGUCCCGCAUCAACGCGCGCGCCUCAUCCUCAUCCUCCAGCGCCUCCUCGUCCUCGUCCUCGUCCUCCUCGGUCGCGCCCCUUCCCCCCGCGACGUACGUGCCCAUGGACGGCUUCCACCUAACGCGCGCGACCCUCUCCUCCAUGCCGGACCCCACGCACGCGCACGCCCGGCGCGGCGCCGCCUUCACCUUCGACGCGCCCAAGUUCCUGGCCCUCGUGCAGCGGCUGCGCGCCAGCCCGCCGCCCGCGUCGCCCAUCCUCGCGCCGUCCUUUGACCACGCCGUCAAGGACCCGCGCGACGACGACAUCCCCGUGCUGGCGUCGCACCGCGUCGUCGUCCUCGAGGGCAACUACUUGGCCCUCGACGAGCCCGUCUGGCGCGACGCCGCCGCCCUGCUCGACGAGCUGUGGUUCGUCGAUGUCGACUUCCAGGUCGCGCGCAGGCGCCUGCGCCAGAGGCACGUCCGCGCCGGCAUCGCCCGCGACCUCGACGAGGGGGACCGCCGCGCUACCGAGAACGACCUCGUCAAUGGGGAGCAGAUUGUCAGCCACAGGUUAAAGGUCGAUGAGGAGGUGGAAAGCAAGGAGGACGGCGCGUGGGUACAUGAGUGA